AUGAAGCGUCAUAUCAAACAGCAGGCCAGCUACACCCUGCCGCACGAGUUGGACAAGUCCCCCUUUGGUGUGGUGGCCACCCACAUUACCAAUACCUUACGCAAGCUCAAAGGCGACAACACGGAACCGAGAAGUUGGCGCUCAAUCGUGGCGGAUGUCGAGAUCAAGGGCAAGGAGAUCAAGAUGAGGCGAAAAAUCCGCCAGCACGACAUUGUCCUCUCCCCAAUCGUCAAUACAAAUUUGAUUCUGAAUCCCGCAGCCGCUUCUCAACCCAUCAUUCUAUCACCGGUGCUCUUCUCAUCCCUCAUCCUGUCCCCGGGAAUCUUCGGACCCAUCGUCCUCUCCCCAUGGCUUUUCGUGGCCGGAAUUUUGUCGCCUAGGGUGUUCUCGCCGGUCAUCCUGACCCCGUUCGGCUUUGUGCCCAUCAUCCUGACGCCAUUCGUGUUCGAUCCGAUCAUUCUUGGGCCCGGGAUGUUCAACCCGAUCGUGUUGUCACCCCUUCUUGGAUCACCAUUUAUUCUAUCACCACAGGUCUGCACCCCGGUCAUCCUGUCGCCAAUUCUCCUCUCCCCAUUCAUCCUCACCCCCAACUGCAAAUUCACAUUA